AUGGACUCAGGAGGACCAAGCAUGGGUCCUACAGACCCGGAGGACAUCGACCUCUACGGUGGGCACCUCUCCGACCUCCAGAACGACAUCAAGAAGGCGUACCGCAAGGCUGCCCUGCAGCACCAUCCUGACAAGGUCCCCGAGGAGCAACGACCGGAAUCCGAAGCGAAGUUCAAGGCCGUAUCGCAGGCCUACGAAAUUCUGCGCGAUGAGGAGAAGCGCCACCUCUACGAUACCCAUGGCAUGGCUGCCUUUGAUCCCUCGCGCGCUGGACCCGGCGGCGCCGAAGUCGACCUCAAUGAUAUCCUGGCCCAGAUGUUCGGCAUGAACAUGGGCGGCGCCGGCAUGCCCCGGAGGCCGCGCAAGGGCCCCGACGAGGAGCAAGAGUACAAGGUCACACUUGAGGAGCUCUACAAGGGCAAGACCGUCAAGUUUGCAGCCAACAAGAGGGUGGUGUGCAGCCAGUGCAAGGGCAGCGGUGCUAAGGACAAGGUCAAGCCGCAACAGUGCGACCGGUGCAAGGGCGUGGGGAUGCAGGAGGCCUACCGUCAAGUCGGCCCCGGCCUAGUCAGGAAAGAAGUUCUCCCUUGCGAUCAUUGCCAAGGCUCGGGCAUGUACUAUAAGGAGAAGGAUCGCUGCAAGAAGUGCAAGGGGAAGAGGACGACGGAGGAGAAGAAGGCUCUCGAGAUCUACAUUCCCCGCGGCUCGAUGCAGGGCGAGCGCAUCGUUCUCGAGGGCGAGGCCGACCAACACCCGGACCAGACCCCUGGAGAUAUCAUCUUCACCCUGGUUGAGGAGCCGCAUGACGUCUUCACCCGAAUCGGCAAUGACCUGUCUGCGGACCUCAACAUCACCCUAGCCGAGGCUCUUUCUGGCUUCUCCCGCGUCGUGUUGAAGCAUCUCGAUGGUAGAGGUAUCCACAUCGACCACCCCCGCGGCAAGAUCAUGCGGCCGACCGAGGUCAUCAAGAUUGCCGGUGAGGGCAUGCCACUCAAGCGUGGUGAAGCGAAGGGCGACCUCUUCCUGAUCGUCAAGAUCGACUUCCCUGAGAAUGGGUGGUUGAAGGACGAGAAAGAGUACGAGGUACUGCAGACGCUUCUGCCACCGCCGGAACCUCCUAUCGAUGCAGAAGAGGUGGACGAGGUGGAGUACGAGAGUGACGUUGACAUCGAAGAGAUGGGUGCCAACUCGGGCGAUCCUCGUUUCGCUCAUGGUUGGGAGGAUAUGGACGAGGAAGACGGGGCGCCCCAGUGUGCCACUCAGUAA